GUCACUAACGAGAUCACGCCGGUGCUGUUCUACUCCUACCUGGCCGUGCUGGUGCCCAUGUUCCUGCUGACCGACCUGGUGCGCUACACGCCUGUCCUGGUGCUGCAGGCGCUGAGCUUCGUGUGCGUGUGGCUACUGCUGCUGUUCGGCCACUCGGUGCUGCACAUGCAGCUCAUGGAGUUCUUCUACGGCCUCACCAUGGCGGCCCGCAUUGCCUACUCCUCCUACAUCUUCUCCCUGGUGCAGCCCUCCCGCUACCAGCGCAUGGCCAGCUACUCGCGGACUGCAGUGCUGCUGGGUGUGUUCACCAGCUCGGUGCUGGGCCAGCUGCUGGUGAGCGUGGCCGGCCUGCGCCUGGUGACGCUCAACUACCUCUCGCUGGCCCUUCUCAGCCUCAGCCUGGUCCUCUCGCUCUUCCUCAAACGGCCCAAGCGCAGCCUCUUCUUCCACCGCCGGGCACCAGCCCGGGCCAAGGGGGCCACACCCGCCGAGCUGUGCCACAUGCAGCCCGGGCCACCGGACACAAGGCGCACCGGCUGGCGGGACUGGACGCUGGUGUGCAUGAUGCGGGAGCUGGCGGUCGGAGCACGGAGGCCGCAGCUGCGCCUCUGGUCCUUCUGGUGGGUCUUCAGCUCACCCGGCUACUACCUGGUGGUCUCCUACGUGCACAUCCUCUGGAAUGUGGUGAACCCCAAUGUCAGCUACAACGGCGGGGUGGAUGCCGCCUCCACGCUGCUGGGUGCCAUCACGUCCUUCGCCGCCGGCUUCCUGAAGCUCCGCUGGGCGCUGUGGGGGAAGCUGGUGAUCGUGUGCGUGACGGCAGCGCAGGCCUGGCUGGUCUUCCUCAUGUAUAACACCAACAACAUCUGGGUCUGCUAUUUGUCCUUUGUGCUCUUCCGCGGCGCCUACCAGUUCCUCGUGCCCUUGGCCACGUUCCAGAUCGCGGCGUCGCUGUCAAAGGAGCUCUGUGCGCUGGUCUUCGGCAUCAACACCUUUCUGGCCACCGUCCUCAAGACCAUCAUCACGCUCAUCGUUUCGGAUAAGCACGGCCUGGGGCUGUCGGUGAAGGAGCAGGUAGUCUAUCUAGUUCACCUCUCGCCACAUUUGGAGGCGCCAAGUCCAGGACCAGCGUUUCACCAGCCCCAUCCCCUCUUUCCUGUGGGAGCUCCAUGCAAGCAUGCUGGUGGCAGGAGCCCUAAUCUGGGUGCUGGGGAAAAGAACGCCAGGCUGCAGGGAGGGUAGCAAGGAGCCCGGGGAGGGACCCCGAGGUCUCUACGGGUGAGUGUGAGUCUCUCGAGUCAGUCUGUGUUGAAUCUCACCACUGGUCUCUGGCGAGUGGGAGCUGCAAGUGUUGGUCUCUGGUGAGUGUGAGAAGUGAGUCUUAUAUGUUGGUCCUGUGUGUUGGUCUCUGUGGUGUGAGUCUCAUGUGUUGGUCCCUGUGGUGAGCGUGAGUCUCAGGUAUAGGUUUCUGUGUGUGUGUGUG